CAACGGUUGCAAUCGUUUCUAACACGAACUGCUCACGCACAUUCCUGUUGGUCAGCCAAACUACGCUAGCGGCUCUUACGGUAAAAAUAAGGGGUUCAAACGAGACGCGAAGUGCACGGUAAAGUUGUACGAAACUAGUGUGAACAAAAACGGAGAACUGCUACAAGCCUUCAACGACAGCGUCGACGGGCGAAGAAACGCUGCUGAGAAGAAUACUGAAAGUUCUGAAAAAAAGUGCAUGCUCGACCUUACCUUAUUUGAUUGACACUACGCCGGCCUUGCGCUAUCCAUGAACGACAAGGUUGACUCCGACAAGUGGGUAAUGAAAUCAGGCCCAAAGUACAAGCAACGCUACCGCAAGGAGUGGGAAGAAUGCCCGGCAUUUCGGGGCUGGCUGGCGCCUGUGGCAGAGAAUGCCUGCAUAGCUUUCUGCAAGAACUGCAAGAUCACUUUCACGGCCAAGCUGAGCGACAUCCGGUCUCACUCGACUUCACGCAAGCACCAGAAGGCCAUGCAGGGGCAGCUGCCCCGCAAGCGCAUGUCAACAGUCCUCCGGCUGCAAGGCAUUGAAUCACUUGACGUGAGCAACAUUGUGAGCCUGUACCGGGAGAUUGCACGCGUGCCGGAGGCACGUGAUGCAUUUGUGCAUCUGAACCAGGACGGUCAGUCUUUGACUGUGCACACUCUGUGGGAAGUGCGCGAUGUGGAACAAGGGGAACAGGCCCUCUUCUGUCGCCACCACCUGGGUCUGUUGGAUGAUGAGAACAAGCUCAGCUUCCAGGCCAUCGGCCAUCCCCAGGAAUGUUCGUCGGAAAUCCUUACAGCAUUUUCUCAGUCUGGGUGCCACAAGGCAGUCCUGAGGAAAGUCACUAAGAAAGGAGAAACCAAACAGAUGAUGGAGUUUUGGGACCAGAACAUGAGGUUGGACUCGGUCGACCUGGAGGCCGUGAAUGCUCAUGGCAAGGUCCAUGAAAGUGGAACAUUCAGCAGCUUCUCGUGGUCUAACAGCGAGAACCAGCUGCUCUACAUCGCUGAGAAAAAGCAGCCUAAGCGAGCCUCCUACUUCUGCCGCACUGAACAAGAAGUUGAAAAGGGUACGCAGUUCUUGCACAGAGACAACUGGGGCGAGUGCCACAAGGAACACUGCCAGCCCGUGGUGUGCACCAUCAAUGUGUACAGCAGCGCCAUCAAUGUGCUCGACAAUAUGCCCGAGAAAAUCUCACCGGGACAGGCUGUGUGGGCUCCCGAGGACGUGGGAAUUGUCUUUGUUGGCUGGGAAGGAGAUCCAUGGAAGCUGGGGCUGGUCUACACGAACAACCGCAGAUCCCGCCUGUAUUUCUACGAGUUCGAGACAGACAGUUAUGCCACCAUUGGCGACACAAACAAGAGCAUCUGCUCGCCACGGAUUAGCCCGGAUGGAAAUUCUCUUGUUUACCUGCAGUCAGAGGUUGGAGGUCCCCACUUUCAAGCCUGCCAGCUGGUCAAGUGCUCUUGGGAGACUAAGCAGACGUUAGUUAUAAUCGACAGGAUCAGCACGCCAGUAGGCAAUGAGUUCCCUGGCCUCUACCUGAAUGCACUGCCACAGAAUUGCUUCAUUGGUGACGGAAGUACUGUCGUACUUUCCACUUGCUGGCACAGCAAAUGGGAGGUUAUCGGAGUCAACCUCAAUUUUGGCACUAUCACGAAGCUCAGCAAGGAUGAAACCGUAGGCUGCUGGCAAGUUCUGACAGUCAAAGAGAACUUCAUUGUCGCCUGCAUUUCAGCUCUCAAUUCAACACCUCAUGUGGUUGUAGGCGCGCUUACGGAAACAAAUGACGUGAAAGUGUGGACACCCAUCGAGCCUGACGACAACAAGGUGUCCGGCAUCAGCUGGUACAUCCUGCAGUUCUCGCCGCCCGAUGAGUCAAAUAUGAUCUUCGAAGCCACGCUAGUGACACCAAAGAAUGAGAAUGAUCUCCCACUCAUCGUUUGGCCACAUGGUGGCCCUCACAGCUCCUUCCAUGCUGGUUUCCAGCUGUACCCCGUCCUCUUUGUCAAGUGUGGAUUUGCUGUGCUUCUUGUGAAUUACAGAGGUUCCAGGGGAUUUGGGGAGGACAAUCUCAAAUCACUGGUGGGGAAGAUUGGCCAGCAAGACGUAUUUGAUGUUCAGUGUGCAGCCGAAGUAGCAGCUCAGCGAGAUGAAAUCAACCCAGACAAGACGAUUAUAUUUGGUGGCUCUCAUGGAGGCUUUUUGGCUUGCCAUGCUAUUGGCCAGUUUCCGAGCUUCUAUCGCGCAUGUGCAGUUCGGAACCCUGUCGUGGAUCUUUCAUCCAUGGAUGGAACUGACAUUCCCGACUGGCGUUGCGUGGAGAGUGCCGUGAUCCAAGACUACUCGACAAACUGCGUGCUAGAGCCCAAGCAUCUGGAGCAGAUGUGGAACAAGUCGCCCAUGAAAUUUAUCAAGAACGUGCGUGUGCCAACUUUGUUCUUGCUGGGCAAAAACGACAGACGGGUGCCGAUGACACAAGGCAUCAAGUUCUACAAGACACUUCUCGCCCAGGGAGUCAGUUCACAGAUGUACAUCUAUGACGACAACCACGCGUUAUCCAAAGUCAACGUUGAAGCGGACGUGUUUGUCAACAUUGUCCUUUGGUUCAAGAGAUUCAUGAACUGAGUUGUGAAGUGUCAGCAAGAAGUGCCUGUUGAGAUUAAUGCCUACCGUGCGGCAAUUUAAGAAUAAUUGCUGUCUUGAAUUCCGGUAGUCGGAACACGACCUUGUAGACUUGUGAAGAACUACAGGGAGCUUUCUUUUUACAUGUUCACGCCGGCACAAUGUUGGCACCUCAAAAUACGAAUCUGUUUGCGUAAACAUCACUGUUACAUGUGUGCAUUAUGAAAAUAAUACUCACAAAAGUUGGAGUAUCGCUGAUGUGUGUGCUGUGUCACUCGACUCACCAGAUAUGUGCAUUAGUUUCGGUGACUGCAAGAACUGUUGCAACUUGCACAUGCGUAAUGGUUGCAUGUCUGCAAGUUGAGAAAACAUUAAACACCAUUCAUAAUAUUGCUGGAAUGGGAUCUUCAAGGUUUUGUUAUAUUUUGUUAAUCUUAAAUAGAUGUCCAAGUGGUCCAAACUUUAGAUAAAUAUUUUUAAGAGCCAGAGUACCUUAAAGGGGCCUUGCAACACUUUUUGAGCAUUGUCUGGAGACGCUGCCAUUCGGUAGUCAAGGCUCCAAUGAACAUGAGAACCAAAUAUUGUUGCGCAGCAUGUGACAUGGAAUUCACAAUAAAUUCUCAAGGUCAGC